UUUGUGUACAGUUAAGGAAGACGGAAAAUACAAUAUACAUUGCAGUUUCACAAUUUUAUCUUGUUUGUCGUGGCAGUUGGCUAGUUAGCAUUAUUCUUGUGGUAGAAAGUAUUAUCAUGUGUUCGCUUGUGUUUAAAUUAGCUCAGCAGGCGAAAUCAACACUGUACGUUUUACAAAUAUUCAGGCAUGCUCAUUUCAACCCCGUCCGCCUGCAAAAUAACGUAUGCACAGCGGUUGCUACAGCUCGCUCGCACCACAUGCUAGAGCAUUCAGAUUUUGUUAGAGUACACAACGCGAAACGAAGUAUAACAGUCGAUGUCAGGUUAAGAAAUGUAAGAAAUAACAGUGGGAAAGAAAGGGGCCAAGUAUCCGUAUCGAGAAGCCCGAGUGACGUGACAGGACUUUCUGCUGCUCAGAAAGUUAAGCAAGCAGGCAAAGAUUUUACCUAUUUAAUCGUUGUGCUCGUCGGGCUUGGAGUAACAGGAGGCUUGCUGUAUAUUCUCUUCAAAGAGUUGCUGUCAUCUUCAAGUCCAAAUAAAAUCUAUGGGAAAGCUUUGGAUAAAUGUAGAACACACCCAGAGGUCAUUGGCGCUUUUGGGGAGCCAAUCAAGGGCUAUGGUGAGACUUCUCGUCGUGGAAGAAGGCAACAGAUCAGCCAUAUAGAGUUCUUGAGGGAUGGUGUUAAGCAUAUGAGGCUUAAGUUUUACAUUGAGGGCGCAGAACCUCGGCUGCAAGGGACUGUACACACAGAAGUGAGAGAGAACCCUGAAACAGGAAAGUAUGAAUUCCGCUACGUGUUUGUGGACAUGGAUACGUACCCAAGAAGAACCAUUGUCGUUGAAGAUAACAGAUAAUAUUUGUGAGAGUGGGGCUUCCAAUGAAGCAGAUUUUUCAAAUGGAUUAGACACGUUUUAGUUCUGGGUCUUUUUACUGAAUAACUCUCCUUGUGAAGGGCAGGAAGAGUGGUUCUGGAUGUAUUUGUAUGGACCCCUCGGACAGUUUCUUCUGAAGCCAUUGCUGGUAAUGGAAGAAUAAUGAAAUGGCAUGGAUUGGAAGUCAGGCUGCAUUAAAGUGAGCAUUAAAGAGACUGGAGCAUGUGUGGAUUAUUAAUUUUAUGGACCUGAUAGAAAUGUGUGUAUAAACAGGGUGAAAACAACAAGUUGCUGAAACAACAGCUUUAAUGAUUGUUAACAAGACAAAUUGUGCCAACAAAGCUUGGCACUGUUAGUAAUGAUUUGCUUCAUAAACAAUGGAAUUGCUCUGGGAAAAAAUGUAUUUGAUGUUCUCUUUGAUGUCUGUGACGCCUAUUGAAUUGUAAUGACUCUCUGAUGGUUGAAGUUAUCUUGAUGAAAGGCUACAUUGGGUAAUGAAGUGCUAUUUAGUAAUGUUGUAAACCUUUGAACACUGAAUAAAUGCAUGAAGCAGGCUUUUUUCCAAGGAACAAGAAAA